AUGUUUAAAGUAAUUAGGGAUAGGUGUAUAAGAACGAAAGCGGCGAGUUACUUGAAAAGCAUAAACGGGAGAAACUAUUCCAGCAAUGAAGUUGUUACAUCAGCCGAUAUUGUUAUCAUAGGUGGUGGUAUUGCUGGCUGUAAUACUUUAUAUCAGUUGUCGAAAAGAGGAGUCAACGCUGUUCUUUUGGAAAGGAACAAAUUGACGAGCGGUACAACAUGGCACACGGCUGGUCUGGUAUGGUCUCUUCGACCCAGUGAUCUAGAAAUUAAAUUGCUACAAGAUUCUAGACAAGUAUAUAGUUCACUAGAGCAAGAGACAGGAGAUUAUGCAGGAUGGAUCAAUAAUGGAGGCAUGUUUAUAUCGCGAAGCAAGCUUCGAACAGAAGAAUACUUAAGGCUGCACACACUAGGGAAAGCAAUGGGUAUACCGAGCGAAAUUCUUGAUCCAAAUGAAGCUCAGAAGUUAUUCCCACUUUUAGACCCAUCAGUAUUUAAAAUGGCACUUUAUUCACCUCUUGACGGUACUAUAGAUCCCGCAAUGGCAUGUAACGCUCUCGUCAAAGCAGCCUCUAAAAAUGGUGGAAAGAUAUACGAAGAUUGUCCGGUCAUUGAUAUUCAUUACGCUCAUAACUUGCUCGGACAUAAAGAGGUCACCGGGGUUCAUACAGAAAAGGGAUUUAUCAGGACCAAGUGUGUAGUAAACUGUGGCGGUGUAUGGGGUGCUCGUAUAGCAAGGUUUGCUGGAGUGCCAUCUUUGCCAUUGAUUCCAUUUAAACACGCCUACGUAGUGUCCGACGCUAUACCAGAGAUCAGAGGUUGUCCGAACGUUAGAGACCAUGAUGUUAAUUUAUAUUUCAAAAUACAAGGUGAAAGCUGUAAUAUUGGUGGAUAUGAAAAUAAUCCAAUAAUGCUUGAUCAGGUUGCAGAUAGUCAAAGCUUCCAUCUAUACGAUUUAGACUGGGAUGUCUUCAGUGUUCAUAUGAACAGUGCUACGUCACUUUGUCCGAAACUCGGUAAAGUUGGGAUAAAAAGCACAGUUUGUGGUCCCGAGUCAUUUACACCCGACCACAAGCCGCUCAUGGGAGAAGAUUGCAAUGUUUUUGGUUUGUACCAUAACUGUGGAUAUAAUUCCUCCGGCAUGAUGUUUUCUGCUGGUACCGCCAUACAAUUAGCUGAAUGGAUAAUUAGUGGAAGGCCGCACUAUAACAUGUUUACAUUCGACAUUGCUCGUUUUACGUCUGGUCAACUGGCACGACCGCAUUGGGUCCGUGAGAGCAGUCACGAAUCGUAUGUUAAGAACUACAGCAUCGUGUUCUUGAAUGAUGAACCCCUCGCUGGUAGAGAUGCGAGUCAUGACGCUCUUCAUCAGGAGUUGAUAGAUGAUGGAGCUGUGAUGCAGGCGAGAGCCGGCUGGGAACGUCCAGGGUUCUUUGUACCCGGGGAAAAGAUCAGAGUCCAACAAUACGACUGGGGUGGCGUGAAUGACUACCCUCGUAAUUUGGAUCAAAGAUAUGAAGAUCUUCUCAGAGGAGAUUAUACGUUUGGCUUUUCAAAGCAUCAUGAUAUCAUCGGAUCGGAAGCGCUGGCGUGUAGAAAUGCUGCGGCUUUAUUCAAUAUGUCUUACUACGGAAAAUUUUACUUAACAGGACCUGAUGCUCAGAGAACUGCUGAACUAGCUUUUACAGCUGACUUGAGCAAGAAACAUGAUAGUGUUGUUUAUACUCUUAUACUGAAUGAGAAAGGUGGAGUGGAGGCAGAUCUGACAGUCAGCGUCCUUGAUGGAGGAAGUGGCCAGCUACAUGAACCGAUAUUUAAAGGUCGUGGUUACUACGUGGUGACAAGCGGCUUCAGUGCGAAUCACACCGCUUCUAUCAUCCGUCACAUUAUUUACAAACACAAACUUCGCGCCAACCUCACCGACGUUAGCAAACAGCUUUGCAUUCUAGCCAUUAACGGUCCAAACAGCCAGCGCAUACUGCAGGGAUACACAAGCGCGGGUCUAUCAAAUGAUGCUUUCCCGUUGUACUCACACCGCAGCAUCAAGGUGUCGAAAGGACCCCACUCUCCUGAUAAUAAGGCCUACACUUGUCGUGCUUUAAGAGUGUCUUGGGCGGGCGAGCUCGGCUGGGAACUUCAUGUACCUUCCUCGCACGCAGUUCAAGUUUACAAAGCUUUAACUCAGAACAGUGGACUGAAAAACGCUGGCUGGAGAUCGCUUACGUCUUUAAGUACUGAAAAAGGUUUCCAUCUUUGGAAUGCUGAUCUGAGAACCGAUGAUAAUCCGGUAGAAGCAAACCUGUCAUUCGCAUGUCGCAAGGAUGGGGAGUACAUUGGCAACGAAAGCGUAACAAGAGCUAGGAAAAAUGGAGUAACAAAGAAAUAUGCAUUCUUCACGCUAGACGAUAAAGUUGCAUUAUACGGACAAGAAGCUAUAUUCAGAAAUGGAGAACCUGUGGGACACCUUCGAAGAGGGGAUUAUGGCUUCUUCCUUGACAAAUCCAUUGGUGUAGGUUACGUAACCAACAGUGGUUCAGUGGUCACUAAAAAUUACUUACAGGAUGGUGAAUACGAAAUUGAAGUAAUGGGGAAAAAGUACAAAGCCAACCUUCACCUAAAGUCUCCAUUUGAUCCAAAAGGUCAAAGGAUGCUUGGUAAUUACGGAGAAAUGGGCAUGGAUGAAAACACACAUGAACCUCAUGCUGGACAAAAUGAAAGAGCUGGUGGUAGCGAAUAG